ACAGCAGCAGCCUCGGAGCUAAAACCAACGUGACAGACUGGAGUCUUAAUAACACCACCCGAACCAAGAGCAGCAGUUACAGACAAACCCCGAAUGCUGCAUAUGGAGACUACUGGAUGUCAUUUGUCGACUGCUGCUGCGUAAGGAUAACGAUUCCGCCGGUUCGACAGCCGCGAACGCAAUCCGCAGUGGAUGUUGUUGCAUUGUUCACGUGAAAGGAAGAAAAAUCCGUGGGUUCAGCGGAUCCGCGUGCAGUCCACCGGAACCGGACACUGUUGUCGAUUUGUCAUGAUGUUUUAUCAUGGGAUACAUCAUCGUUACGCUGGAUACCGAUUUCAUUAAAACCAUCACAUCGCGCUGGAUUCAACAGCCCCGUGUUGAACUUGGCCUGUAGAGCAAAACAGCGCGAUGAACGAGUAGCUGUGCUAACUUAAAUCUAUGGAAUUUAUGUUUUCUGGUUUAUAGUCGUGAUCAUAUUUUGCCUUUGUAACAGUUUGCCGAUUAUCUCUCUGAAAUUAUUCGCUCGGUCAACUCGAGCAACUGCAGCUGUCGCUUUGUCUACAUCAGCGGGCAAUGGAUAUGACGAUACGAAAGUACAUCUGAACCUGGUUUUGGGUUUCGGAGCCAGGUUUCCUGCACUCUGAAGGUCUGAAGAACAUCAAGGCCUUUGCCCUUUUUCCUUUUAAGGUUCCUUAUGCCCAAUGACGGCUGUCUCCGAGUCACUGCAGGAUGGAUGAAGUGGAUUUGACAGUUUUUGUCUGUCACCAUCAGUGCUUGCCUCUCAGUAACUGUGUCUUGUUCUUUUACGUUUAUAAAAGAACACCUCCUCUCUUGGGCUCUGGCCCUUUACACUGUAAGAGUAACUGUUAGUAAGGAAUACCCCACGGAGGGGGCCUUCCAGCAAACUCUGUGGUUCACGUGGGCGUUUAUUUUUUUCAGUAUCUUUUUGUGCCACAGUUAAAAGCAAAAGCAGGAAAUUUACGCAAAAGGUCAAAGUUUACAUUUACGCUUUUUCAAAAUUAUUUAUUUAUACGUUCAAGUUUAUUUUUCCCUGGAAAGAUGUCAUCGGAAAAUCCCAAUAAGGUAGUGACCUUCUUGGCCCCACCACCUCCAAAGAAUGUGAAUGGCUCCGGUUCAGACUCACUGGUUGGUGAGAAGCUAGACACGGAGGUCAGAAAGCGACGCCACACAAUGGAUAAAGAUCUGAAGACGGCUGAGCAUAGAUUCUUUAGACGUAGCGUCAUCUGUGACUCCAAUGCCACAGCCCUUGACUUGCCCAGCAAGGCCUGCAUCCUCACCUCACCUCCAGACUGCGAGCAGUUUGUUAUACCCACGGUGCUGAGUUCGGCCCCUGAUGUAACUCUUGACACCCAAACAGUAGUUUCAGCGGUCGUUGUGGAAGAACGUUCAGAGGAUGAAAGACGUGCUGGGGUUGAAGAGAUUGUGGAGGUACAGAGUCCUUCUGUGCAGGAUGUGGGCUCAAGGCAGAGUGAAGUCCUUGGUAAGGUGGAGACUGAGCCCAGUGAUGUUGGUGACAAAGAGCAAGAGAGUGGAGUAACAGACAAGCAGGAGGAGGAGGAGAGAGGGGUGGCGAAGGCCCGUGCUGAAGCUGAGCUGAGGGAGGCUGAGAAAAAGGUGCAGGAAGACAUUGAAGAAGUGGAGACCAAAGCUGUGGGCACCUCUCCUGAUGGCCGCUUCCUCAAAUUUGACAUCGAAAUUGGACGUGGAUCAUUCAAAACGGUCUACAAGGGCUUGGACACAGAGACAACAGUGGAGGUGGCGUGGUGUGAACUUCAGGAUCGGAAGCUGUCCAGAUCAGAGCGCCAGCGAUUCAAGGAAGAGGCCGGCAUGCUGAAAGGCCUGCAGCACCCAAACAUUGUGCGUUUUUAUGAUUCAUGGGAGUCACCUUCCAAAGGGAGGAAGUGCAUAGUGCUGGUUACGGAGCUCAUGACAUCAGGAACCCUGAAAACAUAUCUGAAGCGCUUCAAGGUGAUGAAGAUAAAGGUGUUGCGAAGCUGGUGCCGACAAAUCCUGAAGGGCCUGCACUUCCUGCACACCAGGGCUCCACCAAUCAUCCACCGGGACCUGAAGUGUGACAACAUCUUCAUCACCGGACCCACCGGCUCGGUUAAGAUUGGUGAUCUGGGCCUGGCCACCCUCAAGCGUUCUUCGUUCGCUAAGAGCGUCAUAGGUACCCCUGAGUUCAUGGCGCCUGAGAUGUACGAGGAAAAAUACGACGAGUCGGUGGAUGUGUACGCCUUCGGGAUGUGCAUGCUGGAGAUGGCUACCUCUGAGUACCCGUACUCCGAGUGUCAAAACCCUGCUCAAAUCUAUCGCAGAGUCACCAGCGGAGUUAAACCCGGCAGUUUCGACAAGGUAGCCAUUCCAGAAGUGAAAGAGAUCAUCGAGGGAUGUAUUCGGCAAAACAAAGAUGAAAGAUACGCCAUUAAAGACCUUCUGAACCAUGCCUUCUUCCAAGAGGAGACCGGGGUGCGGGUGGAACUGGCUGAGGAAGACGAUGGGGAGAUGAUCGCCAUCAAGCUCUGGUUGCGCAUUGAAGACGUCAAGAAAUUGAAAGGCAAAUACAAAGACAACGAAGCCAUCGAGUUCUCCUUCGACCUCCAUAGGGACGUGCCAGACGAUGUGGCUCAGGAAAUGGUCGAGUCGGGUUAUGUUUGUGAGGGUGACCACAAAACCAUGGCCAAGGCCAUCAGGGACCGUGUUUCACUAAUCUCCCGCAAACGAGAACAACGUCAGCAGGUGCGAGCCGAGCAAGAGAAACGCAAGCAGGAGGAAGAGCAGAAACCGGUGUCUAGUGAGUCUAUAAAGAACGUGGCUGGAGCUCAAGGAACACAAAGUUCUCUACAGAGUCAGUGUAGUUCCCAGCCUCCAACUCCUGGCCUCGUGCAGCCUGAGUGUGAGGAGCCUGAUGCAGAUCUGCAACAUCAAUACAUGCAAAGUGGAAUAACCUUGGCUGACGGGACGCUUGACAGUGGUCAGGGUUCAUCACUGUUCUCAGAACCUCACCUCAGCCAGCUAAGCAUGUCGUAUAGUUCUCCUACAACAUCCCAACAACAGCAGGUCCCAGGACAGGGCUCCUACGCUCCCAGCUCUCAAGCUCCCCAACAGCACACUGCAUAUCCCCAGCAGCCCAUGCCGCAAUCAGUGAGUCAGGCGUAUGGCGGAGGAGGCUCAGGUCUGGUCGAGCCCCCACUCUUUUUCCCCACCAUCCCGGAACGGCCCGUCUCAUUCUCUCCUCCACCAUCUUGCCCACCUAAAGCUUUCAACGUGCAGCGCCGCAAGAGCACCUCCAUCCUAGAGGCCCACACGCGUCACUUCCAGCCCGCCUACCACCGGAGCUAUGGCAGCAGCCUACACCCGUUCUCUGGCGUGGAGGCACUUGGUCCUACAGUCGAACCCUCUAUGUUUAUGAUGCCUGGUAUGGCGGCUCAAAGAUUGGCUGAUCCACUUCACUUACAGCCUCCAACGGAAUCACUAUAUGGAUAUAAAGAUGUAAGAGCCGAGCAAGAAGAAACAGUACGCAGACUCAGCCUCAACCAGGCUGCAUUAAUGGACCAUCUUGAAGCCAUGGCCUACAGUGGCUACCCUAUGACUGCGCAUCAGCUAAGCCACAUCAGCUUCCAUCAGCAAAUGCAAGCUGCCGCCGCUGCUGCUAGCUUAGCCUAUGAGACUAAGUCUCAGCAACCUGGGCCAGCCUACCUACACCCUCACGUACAGAGUCACAUGCGCUUGACCCACAGCCCAAUCCCCCAACUACCUCCAAUGAGUGUCCCUAGCUCUGCUUCUGCACCGCAGCAAACCACAGCUGUAGAUCCAAGCUAUCAGUCCCACUCGUUUCCCCAUUCUGCACCACCCGUUUUGGCUCAUGCAUCAGAGCCGAACACAGCCUUUGAAUUCCACAUGCACAAUCUCCAGGCAGACCCAGCCAUGUUGGCAUCUAGACUCUAUCGAGCUCGUCGGGGCUCCAUGGACCUUAACCUGGAGGAAACAGGUGGCAACCCGGGAUUGUGUAGCCGACUGCAGCCAGUCACUGAAGAACUGUACAGUUAUGUGAGCCCAGAGCUGCCUCUUCCUCCAGGCAGCCUGCUGCUUCAUGGACCUAAAGAGCUCAGUCCUGAACCAUCAAGUGACUCCAUGACCUCCUCUGAUGCUGGGGAGUUUCAUUCACCUCCGCCACAUCAGUUGUACCAAACUCAAGAGUGUUCUGCUGCUCAAUCCAUCCCACAAGCAACUUACUACAAAACAGAUGGAGGGAGUAAUGUCAGUGAUGGACACCCACCCAGUCAACCUACGUUUCUGUUGGUUCCACACUCUGAAUCAUCCACAAUUUCGUCUUCACACAUCAAUGCCUGGGCCCGACAACCAUCCCUUCCACCGGACCUCACAUUCCACGAGCCUGCCUUGUCCCAUCAAGGCGCUAACUUGGUUCAAGUCCCCAUUCCUCAAUCUACAAGUGGCAUGUCUCUGGCUUCCUGCAGCACCCCGGUUGCCGCCUCUGCUUCCCAACAGUAUGGAGUUUACUACGUCCAAGCACUCCCUUCGCAGGCUCCUGUUCAGCAACCGACCUCUCUAGGGCCCACUUCCCAACCCUGUGUCUCGCUACCCCAACAACAAACACCCCAACAGCCUUCCAGCACUGUAGCUCAGAGCAUCUCCCAGACGCAGAUCACGCCAACACAGCUUUGCAGUGCGGCUCUCUGCGUGCCAACUAUCGCAGUCACCCCGUUUCAGCAGCAACCAGUGCCCGAAGCGCUGACGUGCCCGAAAACAGCGCCAGCCACAUCCCCUUCAGUGCUGCCGCCCCAUCUACCCCUAUUGGUAACAACACCUGUGCCAACCAUCCAUGUGGCCACAGUCCCUUCCCCCACCGAACAUCCAUGUUUACCAGCAGACGCCUUGGCGCAGACAUCUCACAGUGCAUCGCAGACUUUGACAACAGAGCUGUCACAACUCCAAACUCCUGCUGUGGAGAGCAGUCAUUCUGAUGUAGCAUCUGGGCUCAGUGAUGGCAAUGAGGGCGUAACGGGCGGUAGACAUGAGGGUCGUCCUGCCAAACGACACCAGCGCAGAUCGGUGCGCAGCCGUUCACGCAAUGAAAAGACUUCGAAGGUCAAGCUCAGUGUGCUUAAUAUCUCCAGCAUGGGUGACAGAGUUGCAGAGUGUCAAUUAGAAACGCACAAUAGGAAAAUGGUGACUUUCAAGUUCGAUCUUGAUGGUGAUAACCCAGAGGAAAUUGCACAGAUAAUGGUACAAAGUGAAUUCAUUCUAGAAAGUGAGCGUGAAUCAUUCAUCGAUCGAAUCCGAGAAGUGAUAGAAACAGCUGAUGAGAAAGGGGUGGAGAGAGAGCGCAGCCAGAUGGCCAGUGACCACGAGCAGCUUAUGCCCACAGCAUCUGUGCCUCUUGAACAAGGUGUGCCACCUAGUUCAGCUGCCCAGGUGGUUCACUCAGCAGGCCGCAGGUUUAUCGUGAGUCCAGUGCCUGAAUCCAGAUUGAAGGAUCAGUUCUUUAGCCCAUCCCAACCUACAAUCCCUCUUCAUGAAGAACCUGCCCCUCUGCCAGUUGCAUUGCCCGCCUUGGGGCUAUCUGUGUCUGCGUCUGCUGUCAGCCUGCAGCAGGCAUUUGCUGAGAUGCGGCAAGCCCACUUUGACCCGGGUCCCAGCACUGCACCACCUAUGCUCCACGAUUCCAUGCCACCUCUGCUUCCCACCAUACCCUUGCUCUCUAGUGCCACCCCGGUGGUCUCUCCCCCAGUGUCUUUAGAAGUGACCUCUUCACCAUCUCUCCCUUCCAUAAACCCUCCAGUGUCAUCAUCUCCUCCUCCAACCAUCCCGGUCAAUUCCGUAACCUCGCCUCCAACCCAACUCACCCUGCCUCAAAGUCAAGUUCCACCUACCGUCAUCAGUGUUAUUCCCACCCCUUCCACUCUGCCAAUGCCAACGGUGCCACCUGCCACAUCCUUCCCACAGGCUUCAGUCACCGCCGUACCUUCCAGUACACCAAUCGCUCCAAUGGGAUCAGUGUCUGGAGGCAGUGGAGAACAACCAUCCAUCCCUUCUGCUUCUACGCCCACUAGCGCUACCAUCCAAACGCCACAGCUGGCACCAUCCACAGUCAUCCCCACCACCACGGCUCAGUCACAAGUGCCCCCUCUCCAGCCAGUGACCACAACCAUGCCAGUUGUGCAGCCCACACCAGUGCAAAGCCAACCACAGACCACCGCCGUGCCCAAUCAGAGCCACGCGCAUAGUGUUGAAUGCGACAGCGACCAGCAGGGCAAGGUUGAUGACAUACACGCUCUAGAUAAGAAACUGCGCUCGCUCUUCAUGGACUUGGGCUCCGGUCCUCCAUCUGCCCAGUCUGAUAUCGCAUCCGACCCAAUGGCGACUCCAAGCGUUCCUGGCACCUCGUCUCCAACCACCUCUGCCACCCCCAGCGGGACUCCACUCCCUCCCUCUAGUUUACCCCUGAACUCCUCCACUCAGUCUGCGGGGUCUCCUAUGACCUCCAUGGGCAAUACCUCCACCCCGGUCGGCUACAGUCAGACCACUCCAUCCAAAGCUCCCUUAUCACGAUUACCGGUGUUGCCUGUCGGCCCAGAUCAGGCUGGCACGCCACCCACAGAGCACCUUCCACCCUUCCCAGGACCUGGUUUAAUUCAGUCCCAGCAGCCCCUGGAGGAUCUGGAUGCCCAGCUGAGGCGGGCACUGAGUCCGGAGACCGUCCCAAUCAGCAGUGUCACGCACCAGUCAUCUUUUACCGGGAUGCCACCUGGAGGACAGCCAGUUCCGUUUUCACUGGAUGAUGAGCAAGCAGCCGCACCUGCAGCUGGAGGAUACAAACUGGGGCGAUUCCAGGUGUCGGUUGCCACUGAUGAGAACACCACACAGACUCCCACCAGCUCAUCCUCCUCCACAUCAUCUUCCUCUACCACCUCCUCUUCCUCCUCCUCCUGUAGUCUUUCCAGCCCUGAAAACACACUGCACAGAACCUCCUCGCCCUUCAAAGACACAGAAGCGGAUGUGGUCGAUGGUCUCCCUGCUCUCCCCCACCGGACAACGACCCAGCCUCAGCCCACCACCAUCGGCCGCUUCCAGGUCACGACCAAAACGGACACGCAGGUGGGACGCUUCUCUGUUAGCAAAGCACAGGACGAGGUGACUACAUCCACCAUACAACCUCAGCCCACACCUCAAACCCAUUCUGCUGUGGGCAACGGUCCAGCACAGAGUCCCGGGAGCUUAAACAACUCUAUCAGCUCCUAUUUCAGCAGCGAUAAUGACUCUGAGUUUGAAGACGAGGACUUUAAGCGAGAAGUCAGCAGGCUGAGAGACAAGCACAUGGUAGAGAGUCAGGCUCUAUAUUCUCGUCAGAAAGCAGAGAUUGAGGCCCUAUUUGCCCGUUUGGGGAAAGUUCCACCCGCCAUGGUUAACCCACCUGUGGUGAACCCAGCCGGCCGCAGGAGACGUCCCACCAAGAGCAAAAGCAGCAAAUCCAGUCGUGGGAGCUCGCAGGCUAGCAAGAGUCCCGUACAGCCAGCAACCAGCACUUUAUCAGCACAGAGCGCCCCCUCCAUGUACCCAGCCCAGCAGGCCUUCCUGGCCCCCGGGGGGAUGAUGGAUGGGGGGAGCAGCCCUCUGCUGCAGUCCUUCAAACCCUCACCCUCCAACGACAACCUGUGCUCCACUUUCACCAGUGACGCCACACUCUCUGCGCCCAGUCUGUGUGUAACCUCACAAGGCUGUGUAAAGUUCAGCUGUGGCUCGGAGAGAGUGACCUUCAAACCAGGUGGCAGGAGGACGCGUUUUCUGAGUACGCCCUGCUUGGCUCUUUGGAAGAUGGUGAAAAAAGUCUGCCCCUGCAACCAACUCUGUAGGACGAGCAGCACCAACACGGUGGCAGGACCCGGUCAGAACCAAAGCCAGCCACCCGUCUCUCAGUCCCAGAGCUGCAAGGGCAUGUUCACAGACGAGCUGCACAAACUGGUGGACAACUGGGCCCGGGACGCCAUGAACCUGUCACAGGGCAAGAGAGGCUCCAAACACCAACAGCAAGUGGUUCCUCAGGGCCACAGCUACGAAAUGGUUCCUCCAGUCAACAUGGGCCGUAAGUACUCCGCUCCGGGUCAGCUGUGCCCAAGCAUCGCUUCAACUCUGAGUGGCCACCCGGCAAUGCCCAACACUCCCGCUACCUCUCUAGGGACUCGGAAGGGCUCCUUGUGUCCCACGCCGCAGUACGGCUACCCAUCCGCACCUUACAUCGCUCAGUGGGCUGGAGCGGCCACGCACACCCAGGCUGGUCUGCUGGCCACCUCACAACCCCUAGGCCAAUAUCCCCAGGUGCCCACCCCUUUACAGACCUUCCACAUCAGCACUUUGCAAAAGUCAGUCAGCCACCCGGGCGGACCCAAUCUGAAGAGCACGUAGGGCAGGGCCUAGCCGCGCCAGGCCUAAAAAACUGUUGGGGAUUGAGGCAAGGGUAGGGGUGCAGACUGAAAGUGGGCCUGGGCAAGCAUUGCAGAGAUUCUGCAUGCUCACAAACAAGCCACGGGGAUGAUGCAAGGGAUAAGAGGAGACGAAAACAAAGCAACGGACACUCGAGUGCAAUGUUACAUGGCCAAAGAAGGUGUGACCAAUUUUGCAUCCUUCACCAAACAUUUAUCAAGGGGUUUUUACUUGUCUUUAAGACCGAAUGAAUGCCACCUCCAUCCAUCUGUGUAUCCUUCUGAUAAAAGCAUUCAGAGGUGAUGGUGAGUGCCGAAGAGUUGAAUCUUGGUGUCCUUGUUCCCCUCUUGCCCGAAACCCCUUUGCUGCAAUGCCAUGGAAUAAUGCAAUAAUUACUUACAGUGGUAGAAAAGCCCAUUUUAAAAACACAGGAAGUGGCCUUCAUUAGAUGAAACAAACAAAAGAUAAGAGAAUCCAUGUACAGGUUGGCUUUGUUUUUUAAGGUUACAAGGGUUUCGAUUCCAUUUAUUAGGUUGAUUGGUUUGGUUUUCUUUCCUUAUGCCCUUCGAGCCGGCCUUGUGUAGCAGUAAGUUUAGGGGGGAGUUUGUUUUGUUAUGUUCAGAGGCCUUUCAGCUGCCCUCAUGGUUUGUACUACAAAGCUUCUACAACAGCUCCCAGCCUGCUUUGCAGCACAUUCACAUGCUUACCGUCCUUUUCCGUUUAUUUUUUUGACUCAUCUGGCCACGCCAUUAGGUGAUGUGUAAUUAGUUGGAUUGAGAUUUGCAUAUGAAACUGGGGAUUGCUUCUGACACACAAACACACACAUGUACUGCCUUGAAGGCCUGUGAAGCUUUAAAUCUACGACUAACGUAACAGCUUUUUCUAAUCAUGGCAGCAUUAGAGGCCUCUUGCGAUUAUUAGUUCGAUCGAGACAUUCAAAUAAGAAGUCGUGUUCUGUACGGACCUGUAUUUACUCAUCAGUUUUUGAUGUUGAAACACUGUGAUUAUUAUAAAUGUUGUUGGACAACAUUAGAUUAAAAGAAAAGUAGACAAAAAACAUAAAUAAACAUGAAUUUUUUGGGAGGGUUUUGGAUAUAUUCGCGUUCAUGAGAUGUAAGGCUAGCUAUUUCAUUAUUCACAUCUUAUUGGAGACACUUUAAUCCUUCCCCCCCCCUCUUUGUACUUCCUUCGUAUUAUUAUUAUUAUUAGAUAAAUGUGAAUGUAAAAUGGAUUCAAUUAAUGUACUUGAAGAAACGAAUCUUUCCCUUUUUCCCUACGCCCGAUGAGCUUUCUGAAGAUUCUAGUGCCUUGCUUUUUUUUUUUUUAAUUUAAUAGUUUCUUUUUGCUCCUGGGGUUGAUUUAUAAGGCAGCGGAGAGUCUCAAAUUGGUUGAAGUGCUGGCCUUUGGACUCCACAGAAGGUGAAUAUGAAUACUUAUGUGGGAUCGAGGUGUUGUAUGAGUGGCGUUUUGACCAUUUAAUGGCGCAGUCCUACUCCCAAAAAAGCUUCUGCACAAAACACCAGCCACUAUAUAGCAUCCAAAGGCUGCGAACGCGCUUGAGAGUUGAGUUUAGAUGCUUGGCAUGAAGCGUGCAUAUCAACAGCGCACAACUUUCUUGUGAACUUUCGACAAAAAUGGUGUUUCUGUUUUCCAGAUGGAUUCAUAAACAGUCUGAGCAGUUCUUGUGAAAGGUGAGGGAUCAAGAUAGAAAGGCAGGACGGGGAAAGUUAGCAUGCAUGGGGAUGCAGUAUGUUGUAAGUAUUUCAAAACCUCCAAUAGCUAGAUGUUUUUGCAGCAAUAUUCAAUCGGUUUUGACGCCAUCCAGUGUCAAAGCCUAUCCGAUAUGUGUAGAGAGGCAUGUUUUUACUCAUUUAGCAACAGAUGUGACAGCAAGGCGAGUGUUAAAAGGACUAGAAAGGUGAGAAAAGACAGUUUACAUCCCUCACCAACACAAGAACAAGCCAAAACAAGACUAACACUUGCAGAUUUUUCUGUUUGUUUUCAUCAAUACACUCUUUUUAACUCGCACUGCUCAUAUACCGCCACUGUACUGGCAACAGCCUUUGGUUUUACGGCAGAUCAGUAGCUUCUUUUUUUGUAGCAAUCAAUCAAAUCACUCUUGUAAAUGCUUUAGUUUAUUCGAAAUGCUUAACCUGCAAUGUCAAAACUACCUUUUUAGCAUCGUUAAACCGUGCAGAUGAAUAGAGAACGGUCUUGAUUCACCGGAAACCAAUGUACAGCUCAUUUUGGGGAACAGAAACGUAGUGAAGAUGCUCUUAACUACUGAAAGGACUUAGAUUACAACUUGUUACGUACUGCUUAGCGUGCCGUCUGCGUGAAACAACCUGGUACAGGAACUUCACUUUAGGUCAACUGUACAGUUUAGAUUUUCAGCUGGCUCUCUGUAUUUAAAAAAACCUUUAUCUCUUGCUUUGUACACACCGCUUUACCCCACUUUACGUUGUUCGGUUCGUUCAAACUGUGAACACAUCAAAAGGUCUUUAACAAAGAGGUCCAACCUGCUCAGUGUUCA